UGCGCGGCGGGCCGGGGGCCCGGACUGACGCCGCGCCUGGAGCUGCGAGGGACACGUGGUCGUCGCGCCGGCCGCGGGCCCCUGAGCCUGGGGAGCGGCCACCCCCCGGGGCCUGAGUUCCCCCGUGAAGCGGGACUAAGAACUCCCUGACCCUGCGAGCGCCCGGCGGCCACCGUCGCCGCGGCCCGUCCUGCCCCGGAUCGUGCCGGCUUAGGGCAGCCAGGGCUGGAGGGGACCGCGGCUCACCCUUCCGAACCACGUCGGUGGGGAUUCUGAGCCGGAAGCUGUUGGGAAGGCCCGCGGUGCUCUUUUAAAACCCAUGUGGCAAGCCCGGCAGCAGGUGCAGACGUAGGAGCGAGCCCGUGCAGGUGUCGGGCUCCCAUCGCUCAGCUCACUUUCGUCGGGAUGCCCCGUUGUCCUGGAAUUUUGUUCCUCUUGGUUUUCGUGUACAGAGGAAAUGACCCGAUGUGGAAAUUCGCCGGCGUUGCUAGAGCUAAGAUACGCGGUAGCCUUGUAGUGACUGUGGUGGACCAGCAAAUUCUGUUUAUCAGAACAUUUCCACUGCUGCACCUGAGGGCACGCGCAUCUUCAGCGGGACUUGGAAUUCCAGAGAAUUGCCUUUGUGAGAAACUGGCAAUAAUUUCUUUAAAUUCCAUCUCUUAGUUUUCCAUUUUGUUACGUUUCAGAGGAACUUCAAGAAACCAUGAACAGCUUUAGUAAUGCAGAUUUAGACUGCCAUUUCCUCGAUGAAGGCUUUACUGCCAAGGAUAUUCUGGACCAAAAAAUUAAUGAAGUUUCGUCUUCUGAUGAUAAGGAUGCCUUCUAUGUCGCCGACCUGGGAGACAUUUUAAAGAAACACCUGAGAUGGUUAAAAGCUCUUCCUCGAGUCACCCCCUUUUAUGCAGUCAAAUGCAAUGAUAGCAGAACCAUAGUGAAGACCCUUGCUACCAUUGGGACAGGAUUUGACUGUGCCAGCAAGACUGAGAUACAAUUGGUACAAAGUCUUGGGGUGCCUCCAGAGAGGAUUAUCUAUGCAAAUCCUUGCAAACAAGUGUCUCAGAUUAAGUACGCUGCCAAUAACGGAGUCCAGAUGAUGACUUUUGAUAGUGAAGUUGAACUGAUGAAAGUUGCCAGGGCGCAUCCAAAGGCCAAGUUGGUUUUGCGGAUUGCCACCGAUGAUUCCAAAGCAGUCUGUCGCCUCAGUGUUAAAUUUGGCGCCACGCUCAAAAUCAGCAGGCUUCUUUUGGAACGGGCGAGAGAGCUAAAUAUCGAUGUCGUUGGUGUCAGCUUCCAUGUGGGAAGUGGCUGCACGGAUCCUGAGACCUUUGUGCAAGCCAUCUCUGAUGCCCGCUGUGUCUUUGACAUGGGAGCUGAGGUUGGUUUCAGCAUGUAUCUGCUUGAUAUCGGUGGUGGUUUUCCUGGAUCUGAGGAUGUGAAGCUUAAAUUUGAAGAGAUCACCAGUGUGAUCAACCCAGCCCUGGACAAGUACUUCCCGGCCGACUCGGGGGUGCGAAUCAUAGCGGAGCCCGGCAGAUACUACGUUGCCUCAGCCUUCACGCUCGCAGUGAACAUCAUUGCCAAAAAACUCGUAUUAAAGGAACAGACAGGCUCUGAUGAUGAAGAUGAGUCGAGUGAACAAACCUUUAUGUAUUACGUGAACGAUGGAGUGUAUGGAUCGUUUAAUUGCAUCCUCUAUGAUCAUGCCCACGUGAAGCCCCUUCUGCAGAAGAGACCCAAACCAGAUGAGAAGUACUAUUCAACCAGCAUAUGGGGACCAACAUGUGACGGCCUGGAUCGCAUUGUCGAGCGCUGCGACUUGCCCGAGAUGCACGUGGGCGAUUGGAUGGUCUUUGAAAACAUGGGUGCUUACACGGUUGCUGCUGCUUCUACUUUCAACGGGUUCCAGAGGCCGACUAUCUACUAUGUGAUGUCGGGGCCGACGUGGCAACUGAUGCAGCAGAUCCAGAACCACGACUUCCCGGCCGAAGUGGCGGAGCAGGACGUCGGCACCCUGCCUGUGUCCUGUGCCUGGGAGAGCGGGCUGAAGCGCCCCCCGGCCACCUGUGCCUCCGCCAGCAUCAACGUGUAGGUGCCUCUCCUGUAGCUGUUACCUUCGAGUUUAGCUGGAAUUGGGGGACUUGGGGGGGACCGUUUAACUUAAUUCUUGCUAGUUUUGAAAUGUCUCUGAGUAGGGUUGGCACGGAUGCAACAGUAUGGAAGACUAGGAGAUGGGGUCACUUAUCUGUGUUCCUAUGGAAACUAUUUGCAUAUUUGUUUUAUAUGGAUUUUUAUUCAGUUUUCAGACACGCUACUAAGGCGCGCCCCCUGCCGCUGAGCAAGCGUUUGUAGCUUGAACACUGCAGGGCGGGCCGGAAGCUUAGUGUUGUGACCUGUUUUAAAAAUAAAGUAUCUUGAAAUAA